AUGAACCAGAGUGCCGACAUGUACUACGCCACACAGCACAUGUCAGCUGGGCAGCCGCCCCCUCCUCAGACCGUUACUUCUGGCGGUCUGGCGCACUACUCGCAGCAUCAAUCUCAACUGCUCCCCCCUGGACCUUCGCCGUACUCCAAUCCGGCUCCCUACAGCCAGUAUGGCUACGCCAAUGGCUUGACGUCUCCUCCAGCUCCUCCCCCUUCAGUAUCAAAUCCCAUGGGCAACCCUUCAACUGUGCUGCCUUCCAUCCCCGGGGUUGCAGGCCAGGCCCAGUAUGUCGGUUUCGAUACUACGGGCCAGCAGCCUCCCCCAGGCAUGAAGCCUCGCGUUACUGCCACGUUGUGGGAGGACGAGGGCAGCCUUUGUUUCCAGGUCGAGGCCCGUGGUAUCUGCGUGGCUAGGCGAGAAGACAACCACAUGAUUAAUGGAACAAAAUUGCUCAAUGUCGCGGGAAUGACCCGAGGCCGCCGAGAUGGCAUCCUGAAGAGCGAAAAGGUUCGCCACGUUGUCAAGAUCGGCCCUAUGCAUCUUAAGGGUGUUUGGAUCCCCUAUGAGCGCGCGUUGGAUUUUGCGAACAAGGAAAAGAUUACAGAAAUGCUGUAUCCGCUCUUUGUGCACAACAUCGGCGCCCUCCUCUACCACCCCAGCGCUAAUCCGGGAAGGACGAGCCAAGUCAUGACCGCUGCUGACCGACAAAGACGUGAGAGCGUCCCAAUGCGAAACCCGCCCCCCCCUGGUCUUCCAUCCAUCGGAGGGCAUCACUCUCUUGCUUUGCCCGGUCCUCAGCAAUCGCUUCCCUCACAAUCUGGCACCAGCCGGCCUCCGCUUGACCGGGCCUUGACCUUCCCCACGCCGCCUACGAGCGCUUCCAGCGUCAUGGGAAGCAUGGCAACCUCAGAAGGCUUCAACUGGCCGAACCAAGGCAUGAACGGAUCUCAGGGCGGCAGCUCCAUGUCUAUGGAUGGCGGCAUCAGCAGCGCACGCUCGAUGCCCAACACUCCGGCUGCAACCCCUCCCGGAUCCAUUCAGAGCAUGCAGCCGUAUCCCCCUGCUGCUCAAGGCUAUGACAGCCAGCGCCAGAUGUACAACGCGCCCCCCACUCAGCAGUCCCCCUACCAGAACUCGGCGAACCCUCCCCCGGAUCGCCUGUACAGCCAAGCCGCUUCUUAUUCGAAGAGCGAGAUGGGACCACCUGCUAGCCGAGCACCUGCGCCCCUCCCGUCUAAUGAUCAAUCUCAAGACAAGGGCCCUAAUGGCAUUGUCUCUGCCGAGCAGCAGAACCAGAGCCAUCCCGAAGAGGAGGGUGAGCAUGAGGCUGAGUACACUCACGACAGUGCUUCCUAUGAUCACGGUCGUGCUCCGUACAACUACAACACUGCCGCAGGCGUGGCCUCCAUGAACAAUGACGCAAACAUGCCAUCCGAGAUGGCCAACUCUCAAAGUCACCCCCCCGCUUCGGGGCGAGCGACACCCAGGACUGCGGCGCCCCCCCAGCCCUACUACCAGCAUCACAAUGGCUACAACUCUCCGCAGCGUGUUCAGCAGUCAACCAGCAACUUGUACAAUGUGAUGACGAACGACCGGGCGCCUACAAACGGCGCUCCUGGCAAUGAUGUAUAUGCACCACCUGCCGACAUGUCUAGCUCCAUGUCGAACGGCUACGCCCCCCAGCCCCCGGUGAUGAAUGGCUCCGGUGCGGGCAUGAAGAGGGGACGGGAUGACGACGAUGACAUCGGUCGGCCCCAGGGCGAUGACAUGGGAAAUCUGGACCUUAAGCGACGAAAGACUAUGCUGGAGACAACAGUAUCCGCACCUACGUACGACGCCAUGAGCCGACCUGCUUCGGCUAUCGCUGCUCCCCGCCGGCGGUAA